AAUGUGACGUAGGAGGAAGGAGACGCCAUUAGAGGGAGGUGGAAAAGGAACGCUCUUCGCCCUUCCUCCGGUUCCUGACGUGGUGGCUGGGGCUCCUCAUUCUCGGACUUGCUCUCGGCUCUUCCAGGCCUCCCUCUGAGGAGGGAGUGGAGACGGCGCUCGGGGUCCACAGGGCCGGUGUGGAGUGGGCUGCGCCGGCCUCUGCUGCGAAGGUUCUGUCUAGGCUGUGGACAGCUCGGCGCGGCUCUAGGGCUCGGGCGGCGGGGAAGCGACGGGAUGGCUGCGGCCGGCGGCGGCGGGGCGGCGGCUGGUCGAGCCUACUCGUUCAAGGUGGUGCUGCUGGGGGAAGGCUGCGUGGGGAAGACGUCGCUGGUGUUGCGCUACUGCGAGAACAAGUUCAACGACAAGCACAUCACCACUCUGCAGGCAUCUUUCUUAACAAAGAAGUUAAAUAUUGGUGGAAAAAGAGUAAACCUUGCCAUAUGGGAUACAGCAGGUCAAGAGAGAUUUCAUGCAUUGGGUCCAAUUUACUACCGAGAUUCAAAUGGAGCUAUUUUAGUUUAUGACAUAACAGAUGAAGAUUCUUUUCAGAAGGUAAAAAACUGGGUCAAAGAAUUACGGAAAAUGUUGGGAAAUGAAAUCUGUUUAUGUAUAGUUGGUAAUAAAAUAGAUUUGGAAAGGGAGAGACAUGUUUCCAUCCAAGAAGCAGAAUCGUAUGCAGAAUCUGUAGGAGCAAAACAUUAUCACACUUCAGCCAAACAGAACAAAGGAAUCGAAGAACUCUUUCUUGACCUUUGUAAAAGGAUGAUAGAAACAGCACAAGUGGACGAGAGAGCAAAAGGGAAUGGCUCCAGUCAGCCAGGAACCACAAGGCGAGGCGUACAGAUUAUCGACGAUGAGCCUCAAGCCCAGAGCGGUGGCGGAGGGUGCUGUUCUUCUGGAUAACUGUUCACACAUGAGAAAUUGAAACACACACCACACACACACACCACACACACACACACACACCACACACACACACACACACACACUGUGGAUCAUUGCCCUCAACAUGAAGACUGCCAUAUUCCAAGUCAUGUUAUUUUACCAAUGGAGUUACAGAAUUAACAGUAUUUUAAAUUACGUUUAUAACACUGCAGAGACCUUAAGUGCUAAACUUAGUGAAAAUUUGUGACCAGAGAAUUGGCAUUUUCUACAAAUGUUAACAAAGCAAUUACCGAUGGCCUUUUUACAUAUUUUUUUCUUUAAUGAGGAAUAAUAUGCAUGUAGAAAAGACCUACUUAAAGGCUUCAUUUAUAUUCUUUUAAAUCAGAUCUUUAUUUAAUAACUUAUAUAUGUUGUUGGAAUGAUAUACAUUUUUGCAGCCCUUUGUAUUUUGUGGUAGUUUGAAUUGUAUCACUUCUGAACAGCAAACUUUUUGUUUUUGUUUUUUUAAUUAGCAGAUACCUGAAGUACUAUUUUUGCAGGGUUUGCACAGGCCCCUAACUGUCUACUACUUUGAUAUAAUCUAUAUACAUCCUUUAUGCUGAGCUGGUAAAAUACAUUGUAAAUUACAUAUUAAAUAUUUUAUCUGCUUUUACAAGCGCAAGGUGCAAAAAUAUAUACACUAGUCUCAUUGAUGACUGUAAAGUGAAUUAACAUUUGGUGAUAAUGCCUAAGCUUUUUCACUCUAUCUGAUACAAAGAUCAUAGCUCCCCUUCACUUUUGUCUUAACUUGAAAGUGGGCGUGUUUAAAUUUUCACACACACUUUACUUGAACUACUGCUGUUGUCACAUUUUUUUGCCUCUGUAAGUCCAUCUGAUUAUUGAACAGCAGCAUUUGCCUUUGGGUUUGUGUUUUUUAUUUUGUUUUUUGGUAAGAGAUGACACCUGCCAAUUUUGUUUUAGGGUGGUUACUUUAGAAGUAUUUGAGUGGAGCAUGCUGAGUUUCACAUCUGCAAUGGCUUUAGUUUUCUCUUCGGCUUUAUAUGAAAUGGGUUCACUGGUGUGAGAGAAAGAGCUCCUACAUAGAAGCCACUCACCAAGGCUCAUUCGUACAGCAUGCUAGUGAUAGUGUAUGCUCCUGAGGCAGCACUUUUAGAUUCUUUUGUGAGCAAAUUGUAUUUGUUCAUUGCUUGCCAGAGAUGGACGCAGAAAGUUUCGUUUCAUUUUAUAAGAGCUAUCCUUCUGUGUUUUUGUGAAGGGAAAUAUUUCAUGUAAUGCAGUUAUAGCAAACACUGGAAAGAUUUACUAUAAAAUUAUAUUCUUGUAUACUUUGUAAAUUAGUCCCUCAUUAGGUUUUUUUCAAGCAUAGAACUGAACUUAAAUUUGUUAAUUUUAAUAGAAUUAGGCACUGCUCACAGAAGGAACACAGAUUGUGGAAACUAACAUAAAUUGUUCUUGUUCUAAUAUAUAUAUUUUUCCAUUCUGUCAUGCUUGGAAAACUAGUAAAUGUUAUGUCUAAGAUAAAGUGGAAUGGUCCAUGGAUUUACUUCUUACAAGAAGCAGUAGUAUGCAAUAAAGCUGUUAGCAUGAGCAAUUAA